AUGCAAACAGCCUGCGCGGCCUACGGUUCCAGCUCUGCCAAUCAAGAAGCGCGAAACCGUGAGUACUGGCAAGUUCGGCUGCAAGAUUGGGCGAGGGAUCCACUCACACAGAAGAAUCUGCUGGAGGUCGGCUUCGCUGUCCUCCCAGGAGCCCUACUGCCCUUGGAGGUGGAGGCCCUGCUGCAAGAGCUCCCGUACCUUGUGGAAGGCGGCGCAGUGAGGAUGGAGCAGCAGAGCAAAGGGAACGGCGGGUACGACUAUUUGAGGCAGCUGCCUUUACACCUGUCAACUCUGCGGGAGGUGGCUUACGAGGUGUUCCUGCCUUCUGCCAAUGAGUUCUUGCAACAGCAUUGUUUGGAGGUCGCCGGCUGCGGUCGGAGCAUUUGCAAUGAACUUGAUGUGCGAGAAAGGAGAGGUGGCUUGCCGGAGUCCUUGCAGGAAUUUGAAUCGUUGUGUGAACGAAGAGGUCAGACUCGCGAAAGCAACUUGCUCUUGUGGUACCAGGAGGGAGGGGAGAACAGGGCCCACCGUGACAUCUAUGGAGAAGUGUCAUACCCCUUGCAGAUGCUGCUGCUCUUGAGUCAGCCUGGGCAAGACUUUAACGGCGGAAGGUUCUUCACGAUUGUUGAUGGCCGGAAGCAAGAGGCCAACUUGAACUGUGGAGACCUGUUGAUAUUUCGCACUUCUUGCAAGCAUGGCUGCACAUUGGUGAGGCGUGGACGAAAGCCAGAGGUCCGCCGGGUAGUCGUUGGAUUGCAAUUUGCAAAGCGGCAACUUCGAAGAGAGCGCCUUGCAAGGGAGAGCAGGUGA